AUGGUGGGUGGGUUUUGUAGAUCUGGUUUUGGUGGUUUUGUUUUGGUGGUUUUGUUGGUGGCUGGUGGUUUGGUUCUUGCUGAAGUUGAUAGUAAUAAUGGUGAUGAAAAGUUCUUGGGUAAGCCUUUUCUGCGUAAGCCUUUUCCUGGGAGAGGUAUUGGCGGCGGCGGUGGUGGAGGUCUAGGCCGCGGGGUUUAUAGGAAAGGGUUUAAGCGUGGGUUUGGUGGUGGUGGUCUAGGUGGAGGAGGUGGUCUUGGUGGAGGAGGCGGUCUUGGUGGAGGAGGUGGUCUUGGUGGUGGUGGUGGUCUAGGUGGCGGUGGUGGACUUGGUGGUGGAGGGGGUCUUGGAGGGGGUGGUGGUCUAGGUGGCGGUGGUGGAUUGGGCCAUGGUGGAGGUUUAGGUGGUGGUGCUGGUGGUGGGCUUGGUGGGGGAGGUGGACUUGGUGGUGGUGGUGGUUUAGGUGGUGGUGCUGGUGGUGGGUUAGGUGGAGGCGGUGGUCUAGGAGGUGGUGGUGGUCUUGGUGGAGGUGGUGUUGGAGGUUUAGGAGGUGGUGGAGCUGGCUUAGGAGGCGGAGCGGGAGGUGGCUUAGGAGUGGAAGCUGGAGGAGGUUUUGGUGGAGGUGGAGGAGCAGGUGCUGGUGGUGGCUUUGCUGCAGGAAGAGGGGGUGGAUUAGGUGGUGGUGCUGGGGGAGGAUUCGGAGCUGGUGGAGGUUUUGGUGGCGGUGGUGGAUUAGGAGGCUUUUUUGGCCUAGCUACUUGA